AUGAAAAGUUCACUGUUAGACUUGUUGCUGAUUUUCCUUGAUAAGAUAUCUUUGCUUGUCAACUUUAAACUGUUUGGUAUUCCAGAAGAUAAUGGAGGAACUGUUGAUAACCAUAAUGUGUCUUAUUUUAAAAGAGGAGAUUUACUGGAGGUUCCUAGGACUUUGUUUAUUCACUAUGGGAUCUAUUUGGGAAAUAACAAGGUAGCUCAUUUGAUGCCAGAUAUCCUCCCAGCACUGUCAGACAAUGCAUGUUUGACUGAGAAAGUGGUGACCAACAAAAGGCUGAUUCUGGGAGUUCUUGCAAAGGUAGCCAGUGUUAGAGUGGACACUGUGCAGGAUUUCGCAUAUGGUGGAAGGAUAAUAGUAAACCACAUGGACAACAGCUACAACACAAAACCUUAUUCUAAUGAAGACGUAGCCCUGAGAGCUGAAAAACUGGUGGGGGCCACAUCGUACAGCUUGCUUUGGGACAACUGUGAACAUUUUGUAACUUACUGCAGAUAUGGAAUUCCUAUGAGCUUUCAGACUGAGAAGGUAAAUUGUGAAAUGAUUGCUACGAACAUGUUUGUGUUUUCAUUUGUUUUUCUGACUUCAUUCUAGGACUUAAUUUCUGGUUCACGAAAAAGCAUGCUGUGAAUGGAAAAAAACCUAAUAGGAGAAUGCAUACAAUAGGAGAGAUCUGUAAAGGGGUAAUCAGAAAAGUGGUACAAUUGGAGCUUUAUCAAGGCGAAAACAAGUGCUAUUUUCUGGAACAAAGUGCUAAGUCAUGAGCAGCUGCCAUUGAACCAAUAGAAUGUCUCACAACAUUUAGCACUUUGCACCUAAAAUACACUGUCUUUUCUUUAUAAAUCUCCCUCACAAAGUUCUAAAAGUGAGGAAAUCAGCGGAAUCAACAUGCACAUUCUGUUGGUAAAUUAUUCCAGUUUUACAAACUUGCACCGCUUUCCAGAUUAUGAUACGUUUAUGAAUCAACAUGAAUAUGUGUCUGGAAACCACACAAAUAAUAGGUUCCUGUUAAAAUCCAAACACUUUUGCACAUGUGACAACCAAUUUCUUCAUCUAUAUUAAGAAAUUAGUUUAAUGGUACAGUACUUAUUACUUGUGUAUAUUAUUUAUAACUUGAAUGGGGAUGUUGUGAUGUGAGAACAUAUGUUCUACUGCAAUUAUACUGAUGACUUCAGGAUCAUCCUGUACAUCAAUCUGACUCAUGAAUGACUAACCCAAUACCUGUUUAGUCUGUCUCUGAAUAGCAGACAUUAUGUUUUGUUCAGAGCAAGGUUUACCUCCUCUAGACAUAUUGUAUAUUAUGAAACUAAUGAACAAUUAUAGUGGCCAUUCUACUUUGUAAACAAAUUAGAGUAACAAUAAACAUAAUUCCUGGAUUAUAUGAUUUAAUCAUCAUAUUUGGUUACAAAUCAUUUCAUCAAGACAAAGUCCAGUCAAGGUGCCAAAGUCAAUAAUACAAAUAGUGCCCGGGGGUUCUAAAGAUUGUUUUUGUAAGAACUAUGGUCCAAAUAAAAACUACAAGGAAUAAACAUUAUAAUAAUUUAUAGGAAAUGGGGAUUUGUUCACUAAAUACGGAGUUAAACAAUGAUUUACAAAAUGUAUGCCAAACUACCAACAUUAGAGAAACAUAAAAUCAGUCUGGUCCAGUUUUAUUUUUUUUUUUUUUUUUGUGUGUGUAAAUUGUGGUAUUUUGGCCUAACGUCUACUGCUUUGUUUGUUUUUUGUUUUUGUGUGUGUAUUUUUAAAUAAUUUUUUCGGUAAAUAUUUGAUAAGCACAUUCCCGGCUCCGCACUAUUUAUACUUUAGACGUUGGCUAAUCAUUGUAAAAUACACGCAGUAAACUAAACAGAAUCUGCACUAAUGACAGUAGGUGGCAGUGUUUGACCAAACUUGUGGUUAAAUUGUGUUCGUCAAAUUAAAUGGUAAACUAUAUUGACAUUAUGUAUUUUAAAAGUAUGAGAAAAAGGAGAAAAAAUGAACUGGAAGACCACCAAAGUCAAAGACAGAGGUGGAAAACCUAUUCAUUCAUAGAUCUAUACCUCCCAAAAAAGUAAGUGUACUAUAUGUAACGGGUUCCAAAACCUUUAAUGAAAAAUGACAUAUAUAUGUAACUGGCUAAAAAGUUGGCCAGAAAGAGUUCCCGUAGGGGAUAUUAGUGAGUGAAAUAAAUAUUCACAAUUGCUAACUAGAGUAUAACCCUAAUGUAAGUUGUAUAAAAUACCUGGUAUAAGGAACGCUAUUAUAAAGGAAAAAACAGAAAGAAAGUAAUAUCUGUACAGAGUGAGCCUUAUCCAGGAUUUAGUAUCAAAGUAGAGAGGAAAAAGGAGGAGGGGGAUAAAGUUUAAAUAAAGGUAUAACCUGGUAGUGAUAGUAUCCCUACUUGAAAUGGGACAGCUGCAACAACAUGCAAAAAAUGUAUAUUAUUGACAACAAAAAAUGGGUGAUAUAAGUGUUAGGCUCAUAACCAAAAGCUGUUUGUUGCCAGGAACAAAAAAAUGCCCCACUUAUAUGUCCUCACUUGCCCUAAGCUGCUAGCUGUCUCCCAAAAUACAGGGAAAAAUAAAUUAACUACCUGCUGCUUCGAGGCAGCCUAAAGAUUGUCCCUAUAGUCCCCACUCCUAUGAGUCUAAUGAGACUCUACACCAUCAUAGAAAAAAAUCAAACAAAAGGGAUGUCUAGUUAGAAGAAAAAAGAAAAUAAUAAAAAAAGCACACAAAACAAAAAACUCAAAAUAAAUGCAUCGGCAUUCUAAAAUUGCUCGACGCGCGUUUCGGCGUAUCUAACCGCCUUUGUCAAGAGCUGAAAAGUGUCUGUGUAGAUGUCCGUGUUAAAAAGGUAAGUAGGUCCCGCCCCUCAAGGCAAACUGCCAAUUGCCAUCCCGGACGUCACCAUUACCGGGUUUGUAACAUUGGUUACUCCCAGUGAUUCCCAUUAACCAAUAGGCGGCCCUGGAGGAAGGGGGCGUGGUCACGUUCCGACCCACGUGGGAUACAUAG